AACUAUCAACGGACGGGGCAUGGAAAAGUCAUAGCUAAAAUAAGUUUUGUCUGUUUAGUCAAGAUAAUUUGCUUUGGUUUAUGUCUUUACACCCACGGCCGCGUGUCUCUGCGCUGCUGGCCCGUUUCGGCGUACUUUUGCGUGGUUUUCGAGGUUUUCAACGAUGGGCUCUUUUAUUCAGUUAGCCGCUUAGCUUUUAGUUAACGUUAGCUGAUAGAUUUUCAGCAGUUUUCCAUAAACACUGUGUACCGUGGAGAGCGAAUCUUUAACUGUAAACACAGAAAUUUGGGGAGCUCCCUCAGCCAAAGCGUUUAACAAGGGAGGCAAUGCGCAACUACUUGAAGGAGAGAGGAGAUCAGACAGUGCUCAUACUGCAUGCAAAAGUCGCACAGAAAUCGUACGGCAAUGAAAAAAGAUUCUUCUGUCCUCCACCAUGUGUGUACCUGAUGGGUUGUGGCUGGAAGAAAAAGAAGGAGCAGAUGGAGAGAGAGGGCUGCUCGGAGCAGGAGUCUCAGCCUUGUGCCUUUAUCGGCAUUGGAAACAGUGAACAAGAAAUGCAGCAGCUCAACUUGGAGGGAAAGAAUUUUUGCACAGCAAAAACGUUAUACAUUUCUGACUCGGACAAACGGAAGCACUUCAUGCUGUCAGUUAAAAUGUUCUACGGGAAUAGCGCGGAUAUCGGUGUCUUCCUCAGCAAACGAAUCAAGGUCAUCUCCAAACCUUCCAAAAAGAAACAGUCGCUGAAGAAUGCAGACCUGUGCAUAGCUUCUGGGACGAAGGUGGCUCUUUUUAACCGCUUGCGGUCCCAGACUGUCAGUACGCGGUACCUUCAUGUGGAAGGGGGAAACUUCCAUGCUAGUUCACAACAGUGGGGAGCCUUCUAUAUUCAUCUAUUGGAUGAUGAUGAGUCAGAGGGUGAAGAGUUUACAGUCAGAGAUGGCUACAUCCAUUACGGUCAGACGGUGAAGCUGGUGUGCUCUGUGACAGGCAUGGCUCUACCCCGACUGGUCAUUCGUAAAGUGGACAAGCAGACAGCGCUGAUGGAUGCCGAUGAUCCUGUGUCCCAGCUACAUAAAUGUGCCUUCUACCUUAAAGAUACAGAGAGGAUGUACCUCUGCCUGUCACAAGAGAGGAUAAUUCAGUUCCAGGCCACACCCUGUCCCAAAGAAACGAACAAAGAAAUGAUCAACGAUGGGGCGUCAUGGACAAUCAUCAGCACAGACAAAGCAGAGUACACUUUCUAUGAGGGGAUGGGCCCUGUACCCUCACCUGUCACACCUGUGCCUGUUGUUGAAAGUUUACAGCUGAAUGGAGGAGGAGAUGUUGCCAUGCUGGAACUCACAGGACAGAACUUCACGCCUAACCUAAGAGUCUGGUUUGGAGAUGUAGAGGCAGACACAAUGUACAGGUGUGGUGAAAGUGUGCUCUGUGUGGUUCCCGACAUCUCUGCGUUCCGUGAGGGGUGGCGUUGGGUUCGGCAGCCAGUGCAGGUUCCUGUGACUUUGGUCCGUAAUGAUGGCAUCAUCUACUCCACAGCUUUGACUUUUACCUACACACCGGAGCCGGGACCACGUCCUCACUGCAGCGCCGCGGGAGCCAUACUGCGGGCCAACAGCAACUCCUCCACCUCACCAUCUUCAUCCUCCUCAUCCUCCAGCCUACUGCUGCAGUCAGCCGUCGACAGCCAGGCAGGAUACGCAGCAACAGGGAGCGUGUCUUCAUCUUCCUCUUCCUCGGCUAUGUCUGUCUCCUAACCUGGGAAAAUCAGUGUGUGUUUGCGCGUGUGAGUAUGUGAGCCUUUGUGAGAGAUGGUGAUUCGUCCACUCGUAGACUCUCCUGCAUAGAUUCAUGGGAUACGGAUCACAAAAAUGGAUAAUGGUGCCACAGAGAGAGAAGAAAAGAGAGACAAGACUUCACACAAAGACUGGACAGAGCAAAUGAAGAUGUCUCUUUUCUUGUCUCUCUUUGUUGCAUUUCUUUUUCAGUCUGUUUCCUCACGUCGGGGGAAGUGGCAAAAGAAGUGAUGUGUGCCGUGGAUCAAUAUGCCACAGGAUCAAUGCAUUAGCCUUACAUAAAAACAAUCAAAAAACAACAGCGAAAAACUCUUUCUUUUCAAAACGAAGCCUUUUCUAAUUAAGUGCAAGCUGGAAAUGGCUUUGAGUGAUGUUGUUUUCAACUAAAGGGCUUAAUGCACUGUUUCGCCAUGCUUGGAAGAAAAGUUAUCAUAGUAAUAUAGUUUUUACGGACCAAGGAAUAUUAUUAUUAUUAUUAUUAUUAUUUUUAUUGAUAUAUAAUUUUAUAAGCUUUAGCUAAGGUACAUUUUUCACCUUUUUCAGUUUUAUAACAUAUAGUAAACUUUUGUUACCAAAUAGUUUUGUAUAUUUCUUGUGAGCGUUUGGGCUCAGAAGGAAAAGGUUCAUGCAUUUUAAAAGCCUGAACUUAUAGCUGCCUUUACUCGUCUUGGCAAAUGCCUUAAGUCAUCUGGACCCUUUCUGUUUUGUAAUAAUAUUUUAUGUCAUGUAUAUUGGUCUUUUUCCCCAUUCUUUGUUUUUUUUUUUUUUCCUCCACUAAACCGAGAUGUAAUAUUGAUGCCAUUUUUGUGUAUUUGGGAGAAGGUGGCUCUUCUGCUUUGUUAAACUGUUUUUUUUUUUUUUCAUAUGAAGUCUUUAACACAAAAGCUUUAACUGACUUUGCCGGUUGGCCUUAUGUGCCAUAUCUUACUCAUCACUUAAGUGUAGCCAUUGAUCUGGCCCUUUUUCAUUGGCUAUAGAUGUUCAAGCUGCCAACAUAAUGGUAACCUAUAAAAAUCCCACACCAAAUGGCUUACAUUUAGUUGAACAUAAACGCACAAAAAUCCUUUUAAUGGGUCAGCAAUUUCUAAUUAAUUGGUUGACUCAAAUCCUGUGGUGGGGACUGCACAGGUCUCGUUUGCAUAUCAUUCACGCUUUCAGUGUCACAAUUACUGUUGGUAUCAGACUAAAAUCAGCAUGUAGAAAAAUUGCUGCUUUGUUGUCAUGUGGUUAAACCAUGUAGAGUUGCAUGAAUGAAUGAAAGUUUGGAUUCUCUGUGUUUCUAGAUAGGGAUGUCCAAAAUGACUUUUCAGAAUCAACCAGUUUAGGGCCAGAUUUACAAAUUCUCUUUUGGUGUUAAAAAAACUACUGUCAGGAUUUACUAAAGACACACACAGUGAAAAUUGACGAAAAGGCAUGGACACGGUUAUUUUAUGCAUUUGUAAGCAUUUCCCUUUAAGACAUCCUUAAAAUGAAUGAGAAGAGAGUAUUUUAGGUUUGUGGUAGUCAGUUAACCAUUAUUUAACACCCAAAAAAGCAUGUCUUAACCUGUUUUGCGCUUGAUAGUUUGCUUGUGGUAGAUUGCGUUGGUCAUUGGAAAUGAUGUGGCUGUGUUUGUAUAUGUUAAUUUGCACAUUGUCAGUAGAUCACCCACUAAAAUUUCCACUCCUGUCAGCGCUUUUAUGGUAAUGUGGUCGCACGCUAAUUUACCCUUGUAAAUCUGGCCCUUAAUGGGUUGCCUGACACGCUCGUCGACUAAUCAGUUUUAUAGUUAGUUAACAGUUUUUAACUAAACAUGGCAUCACUUGUACUGGGAUACUCAAAUGGACGUUUGAAUGUGUGUGGUUGUACUAAAAAUUGAAGUAAUCUAGUCAAGCUCACUAACUGACUAGCUUGUUUUUGGACCCAUCCCUAGUCAACUAGCUUACCUGUGUCAAGCUGAAUGGAAAGAACCGGAAAAAGCACUUGUUAUCGCACAUGCUGCGUGAAGAUGUUUGGUUUGUAGAUUACAGGAAAUGGAAUCUUAUCCUGCCUUUCAUAUAUUUUGACUUAUGAACUGCAGAAGUGGCACGGCCUUGGUUAGCAUCACUGCUACAUAAAAAUGUGCCCUUUUUAAAUUGAUGUCACAUGCAACUUGUUUAGUACCAAAUGUUCACUUCUGUAAUAGCUGUAGUCUAAAGCAAACUAAAAAUGAGGCCUUAAACCACUACUGCUUAAUAACAGGAUCUGUUGGUGAAAUAUUACACUACAAAUGAUGUCCUUGUGUGAAAAGGGAAUGAUGGUUUUUUUUCAGUAUAAUUCACAAAGCAAAAUGUCAUCUCAAUUCUGCUCUUUUUGUGCAUCUUAGUUUGUUUUGUUGUACUUUUCCCGCCCCACACAACUCUGUAUGCAUCGUCUGAUCAGAGAGACACUUGUGAAAUAGCACGCUCUGGAAUUUGCUUUUAAUCAGUAUGGACUGCAUUUUGUUACUGUUUGGGAUUUAUAUAGGAACGGCAGAAGUAGUUCCUCAGUGGUUUUGGUUCUUUUAAUUUAUCCGUUUCUACCAUGGCUAAUAUUAAUAUAUGAGUCUAAAUGUUAUAUUGGUUAUUUUAUAUACAACAUUAUUGUAUUACAUUUAAUGGUUAUGUUUAUAUUUCUAAAUAUUUCUUCCAUGAUUGAGGGAAAGUUACUAUGAAACUUGUUUUGUAUAUCUUUAUUUUUAAGUAGUCAGGCCUUGUUUGGUCUGCGUUAGAAACUGUUGCUUUGGAAGAAAUAAAAGCCAAAACCCAGUAAUUCUUGCAAAGCCAUUAACUAGUAUCUACUGUGAGCAAUUCCUCAAUCAGGGAAGAAUAUUAAAGCAUACCUUGUGCAAGUGCCGAAAUGGAAACUGCCAAAUCUAAAGGUCAAAUUGUGAAGGUCACGCCUAACUUUUCCACUUUUGUUUUCAGUGUUAUUUUCCUUUUGUAUCCAGUUGUCUUCCAGUGUGUUCGAAUCAGAUGACCUGAUCAAGACUAACCAUGUUGAGUUUCCUCAUUUCUUUCUAUCUAUCACAUAAGUUAGUUAGUUCGCCUGUCACCUGUGCCACUUUGCUUACAUUGAACAGAAACUAGAGUGUUAGAUCACUGUUAUCUUUGUCGGUUUUGUCUGUAGAAAAAAAAAAAAGGUGAGAAUUGGUGUCUGUUUUCUCAACCGUUUCAAUGGAUUGUUUUACAUUUUGGAAGUUACCAGCCUUUGCCAAAUGGCUACCAGCUGUUCUGGUUUUGAGUGCAUGCUCUCUAGCAGAUUUGAACUGUAUUGGUGCUGUCUAACUCCUAAAGGGCCAGUGUAUCUGUUGCUUUUGGAAUGGAUCACUAAACACUGUAAUAGAUUCAAAAAGCGUCAGGUUGUUUAUUUGUUUUUUGUCUUUAUGGUGCUAAAUUGCAUAAAACACACCCAUCAAGGACGUGUGGUACGGAGAUCGGAGUACUGCCCAAUGACUACUGUGUGCGUAAAGGGAUAGUUCUGUCAUCAGUUCUCACCCUCAUGUCAUUCCAAAACUGUAUGAUUUUUGUUUUUCUAUGGAACACAACGGAAUAUAUUUUAAGGAAUGUUUUGGCUGUUUUUGCCAGUACAAUGAAAGUCAGUGGGAUCUGAAAAAUGCUGGACCAUAUUGACUUUUAUUGUAUGGACUAAAUAAUAAAUUAAUUUAAAUUGUAUACAUAUAUAGAAAGUGUACACACACACACACACACUAGCUGUCAAAAAUUUGUAAAAAUGAGCAUGUUAAUGUUUUUGAAAGAAGUCUCAUGGUCACCAAGGCUGCAUUUUUUUUUAUUUUAUUUUUUUAAAUUAAAAAUACAAUAAAAAUAGUAAUCUUGUGAAAUGUUACAAAAUAACUUUUCUAUAUUGAAUACAUUUUAAAAUGCAUUAUUUGUGUGUGCAGCCAUUGCUGUAGUCUUCAGUGUCACAUGAUCCUUCAGAAAUCAUUCUGUUAUUCUGAUUUGGUUCUCAAUUAUGAAUAUAGUAUCAGUGUUUUGCUGCUUAAAUUUUUUUUGUGGAAACCGUGAUUCAUUUUUUUCAGGAUUCUUUGAUGAACAAUGUUUAAAAACAUUUCUUUUAAAUUGGAAUAUUUUGUAAAUGUGUAUUCUGUCACUUCUGAUAUAUAUUGAUACAUAUUAAAAAGACUUCAGAAGGAUCCUGUAAUGGCUGCUAAAAAUUCAAUUUUGCCAUCAUAAAUUAAAAUAAAUGAUAAAAUAUACACAAUCACAGUAUUACUAUUUCUACUGUAUUUUAGAUCAAAUAAAUGCAACCUUGGUGAACAUAAGACUACAUUAAAAACUUAAAACAUUUUCGAUCUAGUUUUGAGUACAAAUGUCCUGAUCAAAUAGUAAGUUAAUCAGAUGCUAAAAACAACAGUUACUUGUUGUUUCAUGCAUACAUUUAUAUGAUUCAUAGUAUACAGGUGCAUCUCAAUAAAUUAGAAUGUCGUGGAAAAGUUCAUUUAUUUCAGUAAUUCAACUCAAAUUGUGAAACUCGUGUAUUAAAUAAAUUA